AUGAACUUCCCACCCAUUGGCCCUACACGGGUACUUCAGCCCUAUUCCAUAGUAAACUUGCCCCCUCUCAUUAUUGGUGGAGCUGUGCUUAAUGAUAUUUAUACAAAAGAUCCCACAAAGCUUCCAAUUCAAGACAUUCUCAGUAUCGCUUUCUCGAAAGGUCUCAACGCCAUCGACACCUCUCCCUAUUAUGGGAAAUCUGAGGAAUUAAUCGGUAAGGCAUUGAAGGCAAUCACAGCGGAGUGGCCUCGUGAAAGAUACUAUAUCUGUACCAAGGCUGGCCGGAUCACAGAUACGAAAUUCGACUAUUCUCGUGAGCAUGUCAGAGAGUCAGUCAAAAACUCCUUGAGGCUUUUGAACACCGACUAUUUGGAUCUCGUGUACAUGCAUGAUGUCGAAUUUGUGGAAACUCCCGAAGUGUAUGAUGCUUUGAGGGAGUUACGUUUAAUGAAAGAAGAAGGUCUUAUCAAGGCCUUCGGUUUCUCCGGAUAUCCCGUCAAACUCUUGUAUGAGAUAGCUUAUAAGUGCGCUCAUGAUUAUGUCGAGGAUAUUGGACGUGUUGAUGCAAUCCUAUCCUACUCCCAUGGCUGUAUUCAAAAUACCGCUCUCUUCGAGUUGUAUGAUGAUUUCAUCAACAAGUGCGGGAUUAAGAAGAUUUUGAAUGGCUCAAUCUUGAGCAUGUCUCUUCUCCGCUCAGGCAAAACUCAUGCCUUCCACCCUGCUAGUGUGGAGUUGAAGGCCAAGGUGGACGAGGUGGCCCAAGACUUGAAAAAAACCUCCAACAUAGAACUCGCGGAGCCUGCAACUAGAUUUGCCAUGAAGCGCUGGCUCUUCCAAACACAACCUCAGAAAGAUCCCCCUCUCAAAUGGAAUCAGAGAACCUCGAUUGUUCUUGGUGUUUCGACUGUGGAGGAGCUCAACUCUGCUUUGAAGAGUUACGCUGACGUAAAAGAGAAAGACGGGGCUGAGGACGAGAAAUUGUUUGAGGAGAUUAUCAAAAAGUUGGGAAGUCAUUUUAAUGAGACUUGGCCCUCGGGUUUAUAUUCAGCAACAUAG